GUAGCCAUCGCCAAACUCAAGUCAUAUUCUUUGGCUGGCGAUCUGAUUCAUAGGCAGGUAAUUUUCCUUCUGUUUGGAGACAUUAAUUUUUGUCUUAAAGGGGAAAGCUGUAAUUUUCUCUGCGUGGAAGAUAUUAAUGUGUUUUGCCUCUACUACUUUAACUUAAAAAAUUUUAGAUAUUUUUAUACUGCAUAUGCCAAGGUUGAGAUAAGAUGUUUCUGUCUCUUAAAAACAUAUGUAGGUUAGCAUUACCAUAUGUAAGUUCCACGUUUCAUUUGUAAACUUUCAUUUAAAUUCUGAGGUGUAUACACUAUAUUCAUAGCUAGUCAAUGUAGGUCAUCAAUGGAUAUUUUUGCUGAGAUAAAUUAGAGUUAUAUUUGUUGUUCUUUUUGCGAACUCAUCAAUGGAUUUUUUUUAACAAAUGGUAUAUCCUGCGAGCAUCCUAAAAUUGAGAAUCUAUGGGGCUAGGAGACAGUUGACCCAAGAUUACAUCCUCAGGAAAGGUUUUGGUUGUCAUGGCUGAAGCAAUUGCUUGUUUUGCUGAUAUUCAGAUCACUGCAGAAACGGGGAAACUCACCUUGUCUCAGAGCGGUACAUUGUCUACCAUAAGCAGUUCACUUGGCUGUAUAUUGCUGCUCUUAGACACUUGGGCACUUGUUGAUGCUCCUGUAGAAGGUUUGUUCAGUCCGAGUUAUUUUGAAUAUCUUUAAACUAGUAAGUUAUCUUAACUGAAUAAUGGAUUUCAUUUGCUCUUUCAUGGAUAUAAUUAAUUAACGCAAGCUGCUUGUUCUUGGAGAUGUUAAUCAACAGAGGUUGUCUGGGUGAAGUUCCUCUUACUUUGAACUAACAAAGAAUGACUAUUGCCUUGGAAACAAAUUCUUGAGAAAUCACUGACAUAAUCCUCCCCCAUUGGUGGAACUCUAAGGUGAUUCGUUGUAUAAUUAGAGCCAACUGCUUGCAGAUGGAUUCUAUAGAAGUGCUUCAAAUGGUCUAAAGUUUUGAGUAAUUAUUGGCUACAUGAUUUCAACAAAAAACAUAAUUUAAUAAUACAAAAGAGUUAUUUCCCUGUUUCAUUUUUAGUUAUUUUGCUUUCUCUUUUCCAAUGAAAAAUGGAAACUUUUUGAAUUUAUUCUAGUAUUUGAAUUCAGCUGCUUUCAUUGUUGGGCAGUCUGUGCGGUCACCAUAGGAGAUGAUGCUGUGAUCUUAGCUUUCAGGUGAGUAAGUUUGUUGUGUUUGCAAUAAUAUAUUAAGCAACUCAUU